GAGAGGAGCGUCUGGACAGUGUCAGGAUCCUUCUUCUUCAACCGUCUUGCGUCUUGGAUUGCAGGAGGACGGGAAGUGGAACGCACCUUCAAUCAACCUGGAAGGAGCCGAACCGUAGUCCGUAGCGGGCAACCAGCCCCGGAGGAGGUUGACUUGGCUGUCAGGGAUACCCCAGUCAAACUUUUAGCGAGGAAGUCGAGACCGGCGACAACCCCUGCUUUGCUCCUGCAAGUCCUGGGCGACCCGCAUUGGCGCGCACCUAGAAUCCAGUCGCGGGUCCAGUAA